AGAUUGGACAAAUAUGGGGUAUAUUUUCUUUCCUUGUUUUUUAUAACAGCAGAUAAACCCAGGGCCACACUGACAGCAGGAACAACAAUCAUACCAGUAGGGGGCAGUGUGACACUGACCUGCUCUGUGCAGAGCUCUGAUGGAUGGAAAUAUGAGUGGUUCAGACGAACCCAAAGAACCUCUGAAGUUCAAAUCAGAGAUCAACAAAACAGAGAUAUCAGAGUAUCUGAAGGAGGAAUCUACAGCUGCAGAGGAACAAGAGGAAACCCAGUUUACUACACUGAUAUAAGUGAUGAUGUCACCAUUGAGAAAACCUUUUCCAAUAAAGUUGUUGUAAAACAACAACCCAACUGGCCUCAGAUAUUCAGAGGUGAGACGAUCACUCUGACAUGUGAGGUGCAGGAAGGAGGUGAAACCACUGAGUGGGAGUAUGAAUGGAGAGGACCCAGGACACCCACACAGUGGACACACAAUAAUGAUGUGACAUUCAGAGUUUCUGAGUCCAGCAGUGGAGACUACAUGUGUAAGAGUCGACGCAGAGAUGACUCAUAUUCUUCAACAGAGUGGAGUGAAGCCUUCACAUUGUCAGGAUCAACAAGUAAACCCAGAGCCACACUGACAGCACAAAGUUCAAUCAUACCAGCAGGGGGCAGUGUGACACUGAGCUGCUCUGUGGAGGGCUCUGCUGGCUGGAAGUUUGACUGGUUCAGACGUGAUUCAGUCUCUUCUAAAGCUCAGCUCAUGAGAGGAAAUGAAGCAAACAGAGUUAUUAGUGUCUCACAAGGAGGUCUGUACCACUGCAGAGGAGGGAGAGGAGAUCCAGUUUACUACACAGAGGACAGCAGUGACGUCACAGUUGUGGAGACUUUUCCCAGUAAACCCACUGUGACCCUGCAGCCAUCCUGGACUCAGAUAUACAGCGGUGAGACAGUCACUGUCAGAUGUGAGAUUCAGGGAGGUGAAGGAGCUCAGUGGACGUAUGAAUGGAGAGCAGCCAAGUUAAACACACGUCCAACAUCCAAUGAAUACAGAAUCAUCAGAGCUACUGAGUCUGACAGUGGAGGAUACAGCUGCCGGGGCAGAAGGGACUAUUUCUUCACAGAGUGGAGUGAUAUCAUCACACUGACUGUGUCAUCAAGUAAACCCAGAGCCACACUGACAGCACACAGUUCAAUCAUACCAGCAGGGGGCAGUGUGACACUGAGCUGCUCUGUGGAGGGCUCUGCUGGCUGGAAGUUUGACUGGUUCAGACGUGAUUCAGUCUCUUCUAAAGCUCAGCUCAUGAGAGGAAAUGAAGCAAACAGAGUUAUUAGUGUCUCACAAGGAGGUCUGUACCACUGCAGAGGAGGGAGAGGAGAUCCAGUUUACUACACAGAGGACAGCAGUGACGUCACAGUUGUGGAGAUUUUUCCCAGUAAACCCACUGUGACCCUGCAGCCAUCCUGGACUCAGAUAUACAGCGGUGAGACAGUCACUGUCAGAUGUGAGAUUCAGGGAGGUGAAGGAGCUCAGUGGACGUAUGAAUGGAGAGCAGCCAAGUUAAACACACGUCCAACAUCCAAUGAACACAGAAUCAUCAGAGCUACUGAGUCUGACAGUGGAGGAUACAGCUGCCGGGGCAGAAGGGACUAUUUCUUCUCAGAGUGGAGUGAUAUCAUCACACUGACUGUAUCAUAUAAACCCCGUCCUGUCCUCACUGUGUCUCCAUCAUGGCUGAGUCCUGGAGCCUCAGUAACUCUGAACUGUGAGGUUGAACAUCCGUCUGCAGGAUGGAGCUUCUACUGGUAUAAAGCUGUUCCUGAUCUAUCAGAGAAAUCCUCCAGUUAUGAGCUGCUACCUGAUGGCAGUGGGACUGCACAGGACUCCUACAUCAUUCAUGGACAGACACACACAGCAGGAUAUGUGUGCAGAGCUGGAAGAGGAGACCCAGAGUAUCACACUGAUCACAGUCAACCAAAGUUUGUCUGGUCUGCAGAUGUUCAUUCAGCAGCGUCUCUCACAGUGAGUCCUGACAGAGUGCAACACUUCACCUCUGACUCUGUCUCACUGACCUGUGAGGGAAACUUCACUGAGUGGAGAGUGAGGAAGUUCUCUGAGGACGGCCGACUGUACUCUGACUGUAGGAGAAUGACUGGAUCCACAUGUAACAUCAACACAUCAAAGUCAGAUACUGCAGUGUACUGGUGUGAGUCUGGAUCAGGAGAGUUCAGCAGUGCAGUCAACAUCACUGUACAGAAUGAUGGUAAUGGUCCUAUCCUGGUGAGUCCUGUUCAUCCUGUGACUGAGGGAGCUUCUGUUAGUCUGAGCUGCAGUUUGAGAACACAAAAAAUACUUUCCAAUGUGUUUUUCUAUCACAAUGACAAACUUAUUCAAAAUGAUACCCGAGGGGAGCUGAAGAUCUCUGCAGUGUCAAAGUCUGAUGAAGGUUUCUACAAGUGUCAGUACUCAGGAAGAGAGUCAGCACAGAGCUGGAUGUCAGUUAAAGUAACUGUGUCAGGAGCUGACGUCUCUUCAUCUCCUGUGUGGUUGAUUGUUGGACUGGUUUGUGGAGUCUUUCUCAUUAUUAUUCUCCUGCUCUUGUUGUAUCGCUGCAGAACGACCAACAGUCUCACUGUCAUUGCCCACAUGAGCAUUAAAGUCUCCCAGUAG